AUGUCCGACAAAUGGAUAGAAGGACUGUCCAUGAAUAUACUUAAAAGAUCACUGCCUAUGCCGUCGCCCUCAAGACUCCAUGUGCUCCCUGUUCCAUCAUCACAAGCAGGCAUAGGUACUAUGAUCAACAUCAUAGAUGCUUCGUGCAGGCUGAGAGCAGUAAUUAGCAUACAAACAAUUGAUUGUGAUUAUUCCACUUUUUUCCGUAUUUUUUUGAAGAAACGAAGUGGAAACUUCCGCCGUCGAGAGGGACAGCGAGCGAAGGGACGGGAACAUCGGGUGUUGAUCGGGAGCUUCGGGAAUGACAGGAUAUCGGGCACACGUGGAUACGAUGACAACGAUGACACAGCAUGCUGGAUAGCGUGUUAUCUAAGACAGCCGGCUGCGACUUUAUUCAGUAAUUAUUGGAGUGCACGGGGCGGGUGUAGCGGAAAAUAUAGCAUAACCCUAGAUACCCAGACGCGACGGUAUAUGAGUAUCCUCUCGGAUAAAAACCGUUGCCGAAUAAGUAUAAGCGAAGGACCUCGUGAAACGGAAACAAAAGAAUCCGCUGCUCUUGGCGUUAUACCAAUACAAUCCGGUCUUACGCAGCUGGAGGCAAGCAACGAUAUGGAUGAUGCGGGAAUUGGCUUGGAGCUUGUGAAUAUGGUUCUGCCCGGCGUAUCGGCUUCAAUGCCUUUGACGCUUUUUGACCAACCAAACCAAAACAGCUUCCUUCUGCUUUGUCCUCGUGUAUUUGUAUGCAUCUGUGUCAGAAAGCCUAAACUUCCUGUUGUUUGA